GACCUGUGUUACUUCACUUCGACUAUUUAUUCAGCAAAUGCGGGUUUGUUAUCAAUAACAAUAUUUCAACUAAAGGAUGGCGUACCAAUUUGAUCGUGAAAUCAUGGUACUAACAAAGGAAGAACCAACAAGCCGAGAACGAACGCUGUAUCGGGUGACUAUCGGAAUGCUUGUUUUGAUAAGCAUAUUGCUUCCUACUUUACUCGUUUUCACAAAACAAGGAACUGAAGCAUCACACGAGUCACAUGUGCACAGUUUUUUUCAAAUUUCUGACACACAUCUCGACUUGUUCUACGAUCCAACAAUAGCGGCCAAAAAUGGAGAAAAAGAUGGUUUUUGUCGAUCAAUUUCGAUAAAGGGUAGUUCAGCCAAUCCUAAGGCCAAAUCUGUGGCGAAGUACGGUCGCGAUAAAUGUGAUCUUCCUCGUAUAACAAUUGAAGAAGCUGUAUUAAAAAUGAAGAACGUAUACAAUCAGAUGGACGAUAAAGCGGAAUUUGUGUUAAUGACAGGUGAUCAAUCUGCGCAUGAUUAUGCAGACUUCAACACUCCCGAUUCACCAACGAGAACUAUCAUGCAAUCACUAAGUAACAGCUCAAUGAUUAUUGGAAAUGCUUUUCCAGAUAUCCCAGUGUACUUCGCAUUCGGUAAUAACGACGAACCCAAGCACAAUCUUCCCGUGACGGAAAAUGUGGCAGCCUUUUAUUCAAAAGUGAGAGCUGUAUGGGAACCAUUUAUCACGCGCAGAAGUAAUAACGCUGAAUUUGUGAAAAAAUUUCGUGCUACAUUUGAUCAAGGAGGAUAUUAUUCUGUCGAUAUUAACAAUGGUAAAACUGUUUUAAUUAUCCUGCACACAAUGUAUUGGUCUUACAAAGCAAUUCGACAAGAUGCUAAAGUAACAAAGAUAGGUGAUGAGCAAAUGAACUGGUUCAUUCAGCAACUUAAAACAGCAAAAGAAGAUGGAAAGAAAGUUAUUGUUGCUGGUCACAUCCCACCAGGGUUAGUUCAUAAACAAUUGUUAUUUCUUGCAUUCAAACAACUGAAUUCAAUAGAUGCAAGGCAUAUCAAUAAUUUUGCGGUUUGUUCUGCGGAAAGGUGUCCUCACCCCAAAAGCAAAACAAAAGAAGUAAUGCUUUUUCGCUUAUUUAGUGUUGACAAAUUCGUUGGAAAACCAGCUUUCAUUAGUAAUUACUCAAGUAUCUAUCUGCAGCAAACUACAAAGGAUUACAAAGAUAUUAUCACAGCUCAACUGUACGGUCACACUCACUCUGAUCAAUGGUAUAUACAAACUGUUACAGAUACAUUCCCGAAAACAGAAGGUGCUUCUAGCUUCAUGUUGACGAUGCCUGGUCUCACACCCGUGUACUCUGAGAAUCCUUCUUUUCGCUUAAUUGAGUAUGACAGUAAGAAACAACGUCUUGUGGACUUUAAGCAAUUUUACAUGGACUUAUCACUUUCUAACGCUUUACAAAAGCCUAUUUGGGAUGUGGAUUAUAGCUUAAGUGAAGAAUACAACAUGAAAGACGGCCUCACAGCUUCAGUAGUUGAAAGUGUGUUACGCAAGCUGUUGGAUCCUGAAGAUCACGGCGUCACCGUGUCAAAAUAUUUCCGACACUAUCGGUCACGUUUCGACGGCGAUAUGAAGCUACGUUAUAUGGAGUAUUGUGGUGGAAUUUACCAAACUGAAGCUUCGUUUAAAGAAUGUAUGAAGUAUUAUAAUAAUGGGAGCCUUUAAGAAGUUUUAUUGCUGCUAAGAAAAUCCUUUAAUACUAA